AUGGACUCAUCUACUGAAGAGAACAAAAAAUCAAAUAUCGACGACGACUCUACUGAUUCCGGCGGCGUCUUACCCGGAGAUUACGUCUACAACGUCUUCGACAUUUUCCCCUCGUCAAAAACUUUAAAUAAAAAAAUUUCAAAAAGUACCCCAAAAGAUCAGUACGACGUUUUUACUACAGAGGACGUCAAAAACGUCGACAAUUUUCUGGAUGUGGUAAACGCCGAUAAACUGGCCCGUCUGGGUCCGGAAAAUUCGGAUUUGAACGGCCUCCAAUCAACGAUGGGCAUCUUGGCUGAGUUAAAUCGUCUGGAACGUGAGAAGAAAAUUUACAGUCCGGCUUUUUAUUCUUGCUUGCAUCUCUGCAACGAGUUCAGGAAGAAAAUAAAUCGCUCCAGUAGGUGCAAUGUAAACUGUAAUUUCGUUAAAUCCUACUGA